AUGGCCGGCUUCACGAAAAAGAUCAACGACGCCGUCGCCGGCAGCAUUGUCGGUCGCAGAUUCAGACUGGAGGGCUCUGGCCAUGCAAAGUCGCGUGAGGGCUCCCGUUUCCUGACCGAGAUUCGUGCUGGUUUGGCGACUUUCUUCGCAAUGGCAUAUAUCAUCUCUGUGAACGCGACCAUCCUUACGGACAGCGGUGGAACUUGCGUCUGCACUGAUACCACUGACAUUACUUGCACCACCGAUCUGGACUAUAACCUUUGCCUGGGCGUCAUCCGACGUGAUUUCAUCACCGGCACCGCCGCCAUCGCUGCACUUACCUCGUUCUGCAUGGGACUUUUCGCCAACAUGCCAAUUGCGCUUGCUCCGGGUAUGGGACUCAAUGCUUACUUUACCUAUACUGUGGUCGGCUUCCACGGAACUGGUCCCGUCACAUACAGACUUGCUUUGACGGCCAUCUUCAUCGAAGGCUUUGUGUUCGUUGGUCUCUCACUUCUCGGUUUGCGACAAUGGCUAGCCAGAGUUAUACCCGCAUCUAUCAAACUUGCUUCCGGCGUGGGUAUUGGACUGUACCUCACAAUCAUUGGUUUGACCUAUAGUGCUGGUAUUGGUGCCAUCACGGGGGCUCCCUCUACCCCUCUCGAGCUAGCAGGAUGUCUGCAAUCCGAGCUGGUGGACGGUGUUUGUCCUGGUUCCACAAAGAUGCGCUCGCCAAUGAUGUGGGUAGGCAUCUUCUGCGGUGGUUUCUUAACUGCCAUCCUGCUGGCCUAUAGAGUCAAGGGUGCAAUCAUUGCUGGUAUCCUCCUGGUUUCGAUCAUCUCGUGGCCACGAAACUCGUCUGUUACCUACUUCCCGCACACCCCGGUCGGUGACGAUAACUUCAACUUCUUCAAAAAGGUGGCUACCUUCCACAGCAUCAAGGAAACUCUCAAUGCCCAAGAUUGGAAUGUAGCAGGCGCUUCGGGUCAAUUCGGACUUGCCCUGAUCACGUUCCUUUAUGUUGACAUUCUUGACUGCACGGGUACUCUUUAUUCCAUGGCACGCUUCGCUGGUGCUAUCGACGAGGAAACUCAAGAUUUUGAAGGUUCUGCGGUGGCAUAUUUGGUCGAUGCCUUCGGCAUUUCUAUCGGUUCACUUUUCGGUCUCUCACCUGUCACAGCUUUCAUCGAGUCCGGUGCAGGUAUUUCUGAGGGUGGCAAGACUGGUCUUACCGCCAUGACCGCUGGAAUCUGCUUCUUCAUUUCAAUAUUCUUUGCGCCCAUCUUUGCAUCUAUUCCACCAUGGGCAACCGGGUGUACUUUGAUUAUUGUGGGUGCCAUGAUGUGCAAAGCCGCUAAGGAUAUCAACUGGAGAUACUGGGGUGAUUCUUUCCCGGCAUUCGUCACGCUGGCCGUCAUGCCAUUUACAUACUCUAUUGCUUACGGGCUUAUCGCUGGGAUCGUUUCAUACAUCAUCAUCAAUACAAUCAUCUGGCUUCUCGAGGCUGUUUCUGGUGGGCGCAUCGUUCCUGCCGACAAGGAGUUCAGGGAACCAUGGACCUACAAGAUUAAGGGUGGAAUUCUCCCCGCGUGGAUCGUUCGUGCUGCUUCCGGGCAAAAGGACUUCUGGCACGACCACUCUGAAUACCCCGUCACAACACCUUCCUCUCCCCCAUCUUCGCUCCCAGACUAUACCCAUAAUUCGGAAGCUAUGGUCGGUAAUGAGGCUAAGGUUCUAGAAACCGGGAAGGCUAAUGAAAAGCUAUCUUGA